AAUGGAUACCGAUGGAAAACUUUUACUACAAAAGGAUACGAAAAUUAUAAAACAAAGUAUUAAGGAUUUAUUCGCCGAGAUCCGCUUUGACGUAAAAGAUGAAGACCAUCCUCCGUCCGAGUAUUACAGGCCUCCCGACCUAGACGCAACACUAGAAAAGACGUUAGACUUAAAGUUAAAGACGGCUGUCGACGAUAGAUCCUUUUGGAUGAAUAAAUACGAUCAACUACUUACUCAAGUCAUUCAAAAUCAAGCAUUUAUAAACGAUUGUGAAAGUCAGUGCGUACACUUUGUUAACAAAAUGGAGGAACGUGCUGGUAGACUAUUAGUGGACCUACAACAGAAAUUGGAAAGUGCAGAAGUUAAUUGCCAGAAGCUUCAAGAACAAAAUUCUAACUUUGAAAUAAAUGAAAAAAAAAUGAAUGACCGAUUGAAAAAAUUAGAAAGUGAAAAGAUAGACGAAAAGCAAAAAUAUUAUGAGGAAAUGCGAAAAAGAUUGCAGCAAGACGAAAAGUUUGAACAUUUAGAAAAGGAACUAGUUAGAUGUAAAAGGGAUAAUCAAAUUCUUGAACAAAUUGUUAAACUUUCCGAGGUAAAAUUUCAAUAUUUGGAAAAGAACGAGCAUCCACCAGACUUUAAGCGUCACUUAUCGCAAGAUGAUGUAAAUGCUUGUAGGAGCAUAAUAUCUAUGCUGCAGAGUGAAAAUGAAGAUGCAGAAUCGGUUCAAUCUAGUCCUUUUAAUUCCACCGAGAAUGUUCAAAAUUUAACAAUAUAUAAAACGGACGAUGAAUCAGAAGGGGAGGAAUAUGAAAAUAGACGCUGUUCAUUCUCAGACAAACGUGUCUCUCAAGCAGGUACAUUUAGAACAUAUAGUCUAACUGAAAAAGAAAGAGCUACCUCAAGUGUAGACGCUCUUCGCGUUAGACGCAACGGAGUUCUUCUCUGCGAAGAAGACGUAAGUAAAUUCGCCGCUAACAACAAAACUAAGAAAGGACUAUUUUCAAAAAGUCAUUCUAAGGAAUGA